AUGGCGUCACGAAGCCUUGGAGUGCUCGCGCUGGUUCUGCUGACCGCUUUGGCGCCGGCGUUUGUGGCGCAGGUGCGCAGGGUGACGCAGCACCCUCCUGUGAGUCGAGCAUUGCCCGCCACCAAGGUUGCGUUGUCCGGGGGAACAGCAAGGCGAGUGGAGAGACCACGAGCGGAGCUGCGAGCACUGGAUGACUUUCUGAAAGGCAAGACCACCUUCGACUUCGCGAUUUCCAUCGGCACUCUUGUCUUCACAGCAUCUCAGGCUGUGCAGGGUUGGGCCUCGUACCAACAAAGCCUGCGUGAGUCCAAAGAGGGCCGAAUCGAAUUUGCGGUGGACCGCAUGAUGCAGCCUUUUCCCCCACAGAAAAAGAAGGCCGAAGUGGUCAAGCGCGGCAUCAUGAAGACCAUCGAAGAGCGGAUCCUGCGCUGGGAUGCGCAUGCAACCAUCGUUGCGGGGCGCUUCGGCGCCGGCAAAUCCGUGGCUGUCGAAGAGGCCCUGCGCGACAUGCAGGGUGUCUUCGUCCACCAGGUAGACGGCAGCGACUGGAAGGAGGAGCUCUUCAAGCGCUUGGGCCUGGAUGGGCCGGACAUUCUCGAGGAGGUUCUUGGUCGAGUGGGUGACAAGCUGAAGAGGCCGCCCAUCCUGCUGCUUGACAUCCCACGAACCACGAAGCAAGGCAUGGAAACGAUUUCCAGCUUCGCCAAGAAUCUGUCGUCGGACAGGAAGCUGGUCCACGUGAUCGUGUGUGCCUCCUCGGCCGCGAUGGCCAUCUCCUUCGACGCAGGUGGCAGCGCGCGCCAAAAAAACAUCUGGGUGGGCGACUUGACUGAGAAGGAGGCGAAAGAGCUGCUGACACUCCACGAGCACCAGAAUGAUUGGAAGCGAUUCGUGGAUGCAUGUGGCUUCAAUGCAAUGGACUUGGUUGACGCCUGCGACAUCUCGGUGGAGGCCAAGAAGGCCGAGAUGGAGAAGAGGGCCCGCAAAGAGGUGCUGCGCUUCAAGGACCAGUGCAAGAUCGCAGGUGACACAGGAGAGCAAAUCCUAAACCAGCUGCUGGCCAACAGGCAGGCCGGCAAAGGUGCAGACGAGCUCUGCACCGCUGCAUCUCCGAAGGAUGUGGCGAUGUGGAUCCGCGAGCGGGGUUAUCACCCCGUGAUCUGGCACACGCAGAAGCAGGAGUACCAAUUUGCGUCGGACCUGCAUGCGAAAGUAGCAACCGAGAUCUUGAAGAGCAGCUCCCAGUCGACGCCAUAA